AUGUAUCCUUACGCCUCCCCUGUGGUUUCAGUUGGUAUGCCACUGCACCCGACGCCAUCGAUUCCCAUGAUGACACAUAUGCCCAUGGGUCCUGUCCCACACCCAGCCAUUUCUGUCGCCCCGGGCCCCCCCUUUGCAAGUAUGCCGAGGAGGCAUACGAUGGACGAUGAAAUUUUCGGCAGCAAUAACUCACGUAGCACCCGGUCUUCAGAUUUGGGACCGGCUGGAGGUCCUGGACGACGGAGCCGCCGCCAUGCGCAAAACGGCGAGAAGCAUGCUGCGGAUGGUGGUGAAAGCCAUUCGCCAAGCAGGAGCAGUAGCCGUAGGCGCCAGCGGCAAAAGAGUGACUCGGUGUCGACUCCCACGACAUCCAGACGCCAUCAUCAGAACGAGGCCCCUUACCUUGAGGACGAACAGGAGAAGCCGUCAGACUCGAGCCUGGCAGGGCUCUCGGGCUCCGGUCGUGGUAUGAACCGCGUCUAUGAGUGGAACAAGCACGUUGUGAUGGGCAGCUCGCCGAAUUCGCCGGCUGCUCCUCCAUCCUCGGUGGGAUCUUAA